CUUCACGAAUUCGAAGACACAAGCAGCAUGCUUCACCUAUCGCUUUCACCAUCACCACUCAUGGAAACUGAAGCCAUGAGAAAGCUUUUCUCAUGCGAAGUUUCUCUUGCUCAACCUCACCCUCGCAAUACAAUCUCUGCGGAUAUUGUACAGCACACCAUACUAAUAAUUACACCUAGGAAUCGCUCGCGAAUUCCUUCAACAUGACCAACCAGGGCAGCUACAAACGCCCAGCCAACGACAAGAUCAACUACCAUCCCACUCUCGGGGAGGUCGUCACCAAGUUCCCCGCGUACGCCAGCUACGUCAAAAAGCCUGUUGCCGACUACAAGCCCUUUGAGAUCAGUCCUUCGGCCCAAGAUGAUACCCCUCUGGAGCCUACCGACGAAGACCCAUACCACGUGGUCGCCUACAUCCACCCCCGAAGAGGUCAAACUCGAGUUCAACCCACCACUUGUAAACUACACGGAGCUCAGGGGCGGCCCCCCAAUCGGCUAUGUUUGGAUCCCACCGAGCUCUCCUGAGCUAAUGCCGCGCGAAGCAAUUCCCGAGCGGGAUUUCGCUUUCGCCACUCCGCUGAGGCUGGCGAGUAGCAUGGGUUCUACCAAGAAGCGCAAGAAGACUGUUACUUUCGACCUCAGCCCCCAGAAGAAGCGCAAGCGAGAUACUACCGCUGAGUACCAGGUGCGCUUCACCAGUCCGCUGUCGGAGGAUCUGUCGAAUGCGCCUGAUGGUCUGCUGACGCCUGAGCGGAGGGAGCUUGUACUACGCCGUCGCUAGUGGGUGGGAGAAGGGAGUUGGGCGGAUACUGGUAGACGAGAUUGAGUGGUA